UUAUUUUGAAGGUAAUGUCCGUCCUGCUCUCUGCUUUGACAGUCUCGGGUAGAGAAGCUCCGAGUUUAGCUGAACUCUCACUGCGUUUCUCCCAGCGAGGAAAAACCCAAAAUCUGUUACACCAACACCUCCUGGAAGAUGCUGUGUGCUUCACCGACGAGCCAUCACGCAUCCAGCGAAUGACUGAAACAGCCUCCUCUGCUUCGUAAGAGAAAUUGUCGGAGAGCGACCCCCGCAUCACGCCGAGACCCACGUACACCUUUAAGCGGUCGGCCUGAGGAUGUGUCUGCUUUGUUUAUCAUUCACUGCGCUUCACUGUCCUGUUCCAGAUAGGAAGUGCGCAGUGGGACGUCACUGAGGAGUGAUGCCUGUAGAGAGUGGAAACAGUGCAGCCGCCCGUCAAGCCAAGCAGAAGCGCAAGUCGCACAGCCUCUCCAUCCGGAGGACCAACAGCACGGAGCAGGAGCGGCCCGCCAUCCACAGAGACAUGCUGGAGGGACAGGAUUCCAAGCUGCCCAUGGCUCUAAGGAGCAACCUACUUGACCUGUUUGGACAGAUUGAACGCGAGUUUGAGAAUCUCUACCUUGAAAACCUUGAACUGAGGAGGGAGAUUGAGUCCCUGAACGAGCGCUUGGCUGGUGAGGGCCAGACUGUAGAUGGAGGAGACCUUAGUAAAGGAGCCCUGAAGACUAAAGCCAGUCACAGUACGAGUCAGCUGUCCCAAAAACUGAAGACCACAUACAAGGCUUCCACCAGCAAGAUCGUGUCCAGUUUCAAAGCCACCACAUCACGGGCAGUAUGCCAGCUGGUGAAGGAGUAUGUGGGACACAGGGACGGGAUAUGGGACCUGAGUGUGACCAGGACACAGCCACUGGUCCUGGGCACAGCCUCGGCAGAUCACUGUGCCAUGCUGUGGAGUAUUGAAACAGGGAAGUGCCUGCUGAAGUACGCUGGUCAUGCUGGAUCAGUCAACUCAAUCAAGUUUCAUCCCACAGAGCAGAUGGCUCUUACAGCGUCUGGCGACCAGACGGCUCACAUCUGGCGGUACAUGGUGCAGCUGCCUCUUCCUCAGCCACCGGCCGACAUCAGCGCCUCGCUGGACGAUGAUGUGGAUUUCUCCGAUAAAGACGAGGCAGAUGGAGAAGCCGAUGGGCCGAACGAAUGCCCCACCGUGCGUGUAGCCAGCACUACCCUGAGGAGCCACCAGGGGGUUGUGAUCGCUGCUGACUGGCUGGUUGGAGGGAAGCAGGUGGUGACUGCAUCGUGGGACAGAGCUGCUAACCUGUAUGACGUGGAGACUUCUGAACUCGUGCACACACUCACAGGUCAUGAUCAGGAACUGACCCACUGCUGCACCCAUCCCACCCAGCGGCUGGUGGUCACCUCAUCCCGAGACACCACCUUCAGGCUCUGGGACUUCAGAGAUCCCUCCAUCCACUCUGUCAAUGUCUUCCAGGGCCACACUGACACGGUGACGUCAGCCGUCUUCACGGUGGGAGAUAACGUGGUGUCAGGCAGCGACGAUCGCACCGUCAAGGUGUGGGACCUGAAGAACAUGAGGUCGCCGAUAGCCACCAUCCGCACCGACUCGGCUGUUAAUAGGAUAAGUGUGUCGGCGAACCAAAGAAUUAUCGCUCUGCCGCAUGACAACAGACAAGUGAGGCUUUUCGAUAUGACAGGAGUUCGACUGGCCCGCCUCCCACGCAGCAACAGACAGGGGCAUCGGCGCAUGGUCUGCUGCUCAGCCUGGAACGAGGAGAACCAGGCGUGUAACCUGUUCACCUGUGGCUUCGACCGCCAGGCCAUCGGCUGGAACAUCAACAUCCCUGCACUGCUGCAGGAGAAGUGAAAACAGGCACACACACACACACUCAUCCUUACCCUCAUGUACAAGUACACGCUUACACAGAGCUAGGAAAGCACAUCUAAGCACACAAACACAGACACGCGCAACUGGAUCCUCAGUCGUUUUUUUCUUCGGUGGAGCACUUGUGAUAGGUGUAUGACUGCUCCAAAACAGUCACUUUCUUGUGCGUGAUUCAUGCUGGUGCUUCAUUGCUGGCAAAUCGUUUUUCACAGCCAUUUGAUGGACCUACAGCAUGGUGUCAUGUUUGGGCCUCUGGCCUUGGCCAAAAUAUUUGCUGCUGGAGCCCACAAUGUGAUGAUGAUGAUGAUGAUGAGUUAAUGGAGUUUCAGUAUGUUAAAUUUGUCAUAUUACUCAUAUCUGGCUCUAUGCUGUCUUUUCAUCUGGAGGGUCAUGAUGAUUUAUGCCCGCUUCAGUGGUUCUUGGAUGUUUAUGCUUUUUUCUCAUGUGUUUUCAUGGUUUAAAUAGGAAUUUCACCUAUUUUUCAAAAUUUCUGCCUAAUUAAAUCAUUAAGAUGUAAAGAAAAAAAAGUGGUUUAGAGUGCAACGAUCCUUUCUAGGAAACAUACCCAGUCAGACUUGUUCAGAGUGGUGGUGAUACGAAACAGACUUCUGAAAAGUUUAGAGCUUUUUAAAGCUUCAUCACAGAAAGUUGGUUAUGCAAAUUACUUACAAAUAUGUUGCCUGAUGCCCGAGACAAUGUUUUAGGUAGUUCUGAGUUUUGAAAUGCAGUUUUUGGACUAAAACAGGGCCCAUAUCCUGUUUUCUUUCUGUAUUUUAUUAUUUUUUUUUAAGUCAGCUUAUGACAUUUAUGUGCCAAAAUAGUCAUUUUUUUAAUAUAACCAUUUUCCAACCUCUCUUUAUCUCUCAGAGUUGAACAGGCUGUUUUUGUUAUUAUGCCUUUAAAACUGAUGUAUGUAAAUGAACUAUGUUGUGAUUGGCUACUCUGCAUUCUCGUUCAGAUAGCAGAUCAGGCCGAAACUGUUGUAGACUAAAUAGGCGUGCAUAUGUAAAUGUGCUGGUUCUAAUGACAUCAUAGAAGCAAAUUUGAAAUUGGCAGUUUUUGUAGUUCAGUUUUGGUAUAUAGACUGAAUGGACUGGAAACUUUUGAAGCUUUAAAAAUGUUUACACACUAUCAAACGAGAGAAUUAUUUAAAAGAAUCAAGGGAAUUUUGAUUUUCCAUUACAUGGGCCCUUUAAAUUCGUUCCUGGUAGAGAGAGGCACAUGCACAGUGUUUUGUGGCACAAUGUAUUUAUUUUGGACUUAACACUAAUUUAACCAUCAUCAACAUUACCUAUUAAAACUUAAGACACUUAUAGGUUUACUGGUGGUUUUGGACAGUAAAUAAAAUGGCUAUAUUUGUGUUGAAGACAUUGUGACCCAUGGUUCCUGUCACCACCAUUGUAAAGAAAUCUGAGCUGAUAAGUUUCUCUGCAGUGAACUCUAAUCUGAAACCACUCUGAAUAUUGUUUGCAUCUGAACCACUGAAUUAUGUAGAAAUUUUGAAAACUCAGUGGAGUUGCCCUUUAAGCUGGGCUAGCGAAUGCUGUGGUGGGCUUUAGCUUUGGGUUUCGACAUGUUCUUUCAAAGCAGACCUCUCAUAAGUUCAGUUCAUAGUUUAAUUUUGUGCAAUUUUCAGUGUGUUCUAUGUACAGAUAACUUCUAUUUCGAUUGUUCGAUUGUUCACAAUCACGUUUUAGGUAUUUUUGGUUUUGUAUAGAGUUCCGCUUCGCUUCUGACUAGUAUAAAACUCUGAACAGUCUUUGUAAAAGGUCGGGCGGCGGUCGUGCUGUGAGACACACUCUUCUUUCUGGCUGAAGAACAGUAUUGCUUCAAUCCAUCUGCAUGAAAAAUCAACACUGUCUGUCCGAACUGUUGAUUCACAGAAAAAAAUGCUGUUGUAAUCGCUGUGUAAUUUGAUUUUGCCUAAGUGAAAAAUAUAAAAUGUGAAUGUGUUGAUGGAGUUUGUGAACAGAGGUGACCUGUUUAUAGCCCUACGAAUUCUUGAGUCAUAUGGUGUAUAUGUGAGGUUUACAUUCAUUUCACGAGAGCUUUUGUAUGUCUCGUAAAACAGACUUUCUGCAUCAGCUGUUGGUCAUAUAAAUAAAAUUGGGUGUAUCAUAUUGAUCUUGCAGUUUCAUAUACAUCUGAUCUUUAGGAAAAGAAGUUUCAGCAGUGAAUAGAUUAAGCAUUAUAAUAUUAAAUACUGGAGCAGACUAUCGGGUUUAGCUUCUAAAAGUACAUCCUGGCAUCUGGUACAGGUAAACAGAUGCCCUUGCUGUGGGCUUUGAGUCAUUUUGUUGUCAUUUUGCUAGAUCCAGCAGCUGAACUACGUCCAUAAACAAAAGAGAUCCCAUACAUGCAGUCAAUGGAUAGUUGCUGUAAUCAGUAUGAAGACCACAGUGAUAAUGGUGGAAUUAUGUAUAGUUGACUGUUGUGUCCUCUUUAACAGAAUCUCUAAUGAUAGCGCCGAACUCUGAAUGAGACCUGUACACCAUGACUAGACAGUGUAAAUAAAUGUCUUUGUGAGAACACGGA